ACAAGACAACUGAACAUUACUGAGCAACCGAGAAAGAGAGAGAGAGAGAGACCCAGAGUCAGACAGAGACAAUCUUGUUAGGACUUUCUUUGCUCAUCCAGAGUAAAUCCAGACUUCAGAAACUAUGUCGGCUGCUCAGAAACCAUGGACCACCCUGAUCGUUGUGGCCGUGUGCGUGUUGGUGUGUUUGGGGACCCUGGCGGAAGCCUAUCCCCCCAAACCCGAAAACCCCGGGGAGGAUGCCCCACCGGAGGAGCUGGCCAAGUACUACUCGGCUCUCCGGCACUACAUCAACCUCAUCACACGGCAGAGAUAUGGGAAGAGGGAAAACCCAGAAAGUCUGUCAGAAUCUCUCUUUGAUGACAGCAAGGAUCACACCGGGAGGGAAAGGUAUGAUGACUCUUUGGUGUGGUGAUCCUCUCCCCUUUGUAUCGGGUCAAUCGUUGUGUCUUUGGGUUGUAAUUACAAUAACAGAAAAGACCUGGCCUUUUCCGGACGAAAUGAAAAGGUUUCCGAGGAUCGCUAUUUGCAAGCCUUUCCCUCACGCAUCGAGAAACCAUUGAAGCUUUUUUUUUUGUGGCAGGCAAUUGUACAUAAUUUAUUGUUAAAUAUGAUAUACUGCAAUCAAAACACCAAACCUCCCCUAACCCUAACCCUAACUCUCCCCCCACUCCCCCGCCUCUGUCUG